GACUUGACACAGCUGGACCGCGGCGCAUUUUUUUGACAGCGGAAAUGAGAAGUCGCCACUUUUUUUCCGCGUCAAGUUCGUGGCUAAAAGUUUUUUUCCUCCUUUUUUUGUUUGUUUCGGAGGAACCGUCGCGUGCGCUCACAAUGAUAGAGAAAGCGACAGACUUUUCAACAUGCAGCUUUUCCUCUGAUGUCCAGUUUCCUGUUGCACCUCACCGAAGUCGUUUUGUGUUACUUUAGAUGCUUCUCAACACAUUUCCGUUAUGCGAAGUCCAACUUGUUGGUUAGUCGUCGUGCUGCGGUGGGUGCCCAUCCGAGAUAACGGAGAACCAGUGAUUCUCAACCGGUCUGGUUACUGCAAUGAAUGGUAACACUAUCCAUCCAGCCAACACCACAACAGCAGGAGGAUGUCCAGGCGUGGCAGCGCCCCCAAGAGGCUGGAGGGAAUUCUGUGAGCUGCACGCCAUCGCCACAGCCCGGCAGCUGGCCGGACACUACUGGAGCUUCGCCAGAGAGCGGCCACAACAUGACGUGCUCCCACCGGAGACCUUCUCCAAGCAGUUCACUGAACUCUUCCAGCAGCACUUUUGCUGCGAGGUCAACAAAGAUGGCACUCCGCUCAGCCAGAACACAUGCUCCACUGCCAGUGGUAGUGCAUCCUCCACCACUUCAGUGGCCCCUCCCCCUCCACCACAGGCUGUGAUUGGUCGAUUGCGGAUCACAUCUUUGUCUGGGGUGCAGGACUAUCGGGAAGCGAACCGGCCAAGUGGAGGAGCUGCUCUGUUUACUGUGGUGUCACCAAAAGUGGAGCCGGUGGUGCUGAGUCGGGAACAGGAUCAGCCGCUGGGAUGUGCGGCAGGAAACCCGGUGGUGCUCAGAAGGUCGACUCGUAGCAUCGGCAGCGGGUCGCUGCUGAUUCGUAGCCGUAGCAACGAGGAGAUCUCUGUCACGGAUCGUCGUCAGGUAUCUGAACUGUACUCUUCUGACUCCUCAACCUCCAACUCUGCACACGCUGAGGUCACACAUUUCUCCGUCAGCCAAAUUCGGCAGACAGUAAGACGGCUUCUCAAGAAACGGCCCAGCCCCCCCUCAUCCCAGGACCUGUCUCCUAGCAACCCCACCAACAACAACAACAAUCCCCAAAAUAAUGGCAACAGAGUGGGUGGGAUUUCCUCCACAAAUGAGGGAGUGUCAUCCUCCUCCUCUUCCUCCUGUCUGAACUCUGAAGCCACUCCCCCAGCCUCUUCACACGUGUCUGUGGCUGGAGUAACCUCUCACUUCCUGGGUCGUUUGCGUUGGUUACGCAGCGGAAGCAUGAGGCAGAGGAGGUCAGAGGUGAGCGGCUGCUGUAAAGAGGGCCAACUGAGAUACUUGCUGGUUGAUGACACUAUCUCAGACACUCAGCCCCGCUGGCAACGCUGCAACCUGCUGGUCAGGAGGAUCAGGGACGCUCAAGUUGGAGGAGGAGAAAGAAGAAGAGGAGGAGGAGGAGGGGAGAGGUACCAGUUGGAGCUCUAUGAUCCUCCAAAGGCCUCCAGUCCCAAGCUGACGACUCCCUGCUCAGAUAUCCAAGAAGUCCGUCGUUGCAACCGGCUGGAGAUGCCUGACAACUUAAACACAUUUGUUUUAAAGGUUAAUCGAGGUAGUCUGAUAUUUGAGACGGACAACGACCAGCAGGUCAGCUCGUGGACCACAGAGCUAAAAGAAUGUAUCAGCAACAGGUCAGGCAGUGUGGAUCUGGAGCCUCUCCCCUCCCCAGCUGACAGCUCUGCUCCAGUCAAUCACAGAGGGAGCUCAGAGUUAGGAAGUCAAAGCCCCAUCACAUUUGCUCUGCCCGAGCAGGUUGUCCAGAAGGCUGAUCACUUCCUGUUUUCCUACCCUUGGUUCCACGGGCCCAUCUCCCGCGUCAAGGCCGCCCAUCUGGUUCAGAGCUCUGGACCGGAGGGACAUGGAGUGUUUCUGGUUCGACAGAGUGAGACACGAAGAGGAGACUACGUCCUCACGUUUAACUACCAGGGAAAAGCAAAGCACCUGCGCCUCUCGCUAACAGAAUGGGGUCAGUGCAGGGUACAGCACUUGCGCUUCCCCUCUGUUAUGGACAUGCUCGGUCACUUCCGCCUCUUCCCCAUCCCGCUAGAGUGUGGAGCCGCUGGUGCCGUCACUCUCUCCAGCUUCGUAGUGGCGGGCUCCAGCCCUCCAUCACAGGGUCAGCUGUCAGGCGCUCUCCUCGUCCCUUUCUCCCUCCAUCGGUGGAGCUCUGAGCCCAGCUUGGCUCACUGCAGUCUGGCUCGCAGCGUCACUCAGCCCCGUUCCUCCUGCUCCAGCAGCACCAGCACCACUUCCAGCCCCAGCUCUGUUACCCAGCCGGGAAACCGCCCGGUCACUCGCACCAACCCCGUCCCUGACCCUCCUCCGUCAGCCCCCGCUCCUCUUCGUCGGAGUGAAUCGGUGGGAAGGAGACCCCUGCUUCGCCAUCCCAACCCCCACAUCCCUCAGCGGGACUCUGACUAUGAGCUGGAGCCUGAGCGAGGUCGCAAGCGAGCGAUAGACAAUCAGUACAUGUUGCUCUGA